AUGCUGGAACAACCGUCGCUGCGCUUCUAUGUCUUGGAUAUCGGUCCCCUGGGCAAAAUCGAACCGUUGUUUACAUUUUCCAACAUCGGAAGAGCGCUCACAGUCUUUGACGAUAUCGACGACAAGGAGUUUAUACAGAUAGAUGAGAUCCUCUACACGAGUCGAUUCCGGCCCGAUUUUCAAAUGAACAAGCAGUUUAGAAGGCAUGAAGGAGGAAAGUACCACAUCCAGAUGGAGAUGCUCUCCAUGAGUGGACCUGCCCGUCUAGCAAUUAUACAACCCGGCGCUACGAGCAGUUUGCACUUCCAGCAGAUCCGAGAGGUAUCGACCUCACCUCCACCCGGCUUAAUUGACGUCAAUCUCAAGGCCGUCAGUCUCAACGCCAAAGACAUUUACACCAUGGGCGGCCAUGUAGAGACAAGAACAGGCACUGCGGUGUGGCCACAGCCGUGGGGCCAGCCGUCGGCGGCCUUCAGGUGGAGGAUGAGUUGCUGUCAUGGCCCCUAA